GAUGCUGUCGAGUUCAUUCUGCUUGGCACUGGAACGUCCGGCACCCUCCCGCAUGUCGACUGUCUCACCGCACCACCUGGUACGAAGCGGUGUCGCGCGUGCACUGCGUCGCUCUCUCCAGGAGAGGGGAGGAAGAACAAGCGUGCGAACACUUCCGCCAUCGCCCGGGUUCGCGGACGCGAUGGCCAGCUCAAGACGAUCGUGAUAGAUGUCGGGAAGAGUUUCUUGCAGAGCGCUGUGGAGUGGUUCCCGAAGUAUGGCCUCCGUCGGAUCGAUGCCGUGCUCAUCACGCACGCCCAUGCGGACGCGAUGAACGGACUGGACGACCUCCGAGGAUGGACGCUCCGCGGCGCGAUCCAGUCCCAUGUGGACAUCUACUGCUCGGAAGAGACAUUUGAAGCCGUCAAGGUCACGUUCCCCUACCUGGUCAGGAAAGAGUUCGCGUCUGGUGGCGGAGAUGUACCGGAGUUCCGUUGGCACCCUUGGCUGGAGGACCGCCACACGUUUGAAAUCUUGGACACCGGCAUCAAAGUGACGCCUCUAGCAGUCAAACAUGGGUUCUGUGGCGCGAAGGUGGUCCCGAAGCCUGAGAAGACGAUGGGAUACAUGGAGACCACCAGUCCCAUCGGCUCCGGUCUUCCUGGCACUCCGGUUGGCACCGGCACGCCGAAGCAGGAGGACUUUAUCUGCCUCGGCUUCGUCAUCCAGGACUCGGUCGUCUACAUCUCAGACGUGUCCGAGAUUCCGGAAGACGUCAUGUCGUACCUGGAGAACUGCGAUUGGCCCAGGCCUCCGAACCAACCUGCAAGGGGCCCUCCCGUUCUGGUGCUCGACUGUCUUUCAUUGGACGGCCAUCGAUCCCAUCUCAGCCUGGCGCAGUCGGUGGAUUACUUGCGGAAGCUCAACGCCCAGAAGACGUACCUGGUCGGCUUCACCCACAGCACCGCACACGAUGAGUACGAGACACUCCUCCGGGCCGUCAGUGGGCGCCUGCCGCUGGCGCAUGAGAUGACGGACCAGGUGGUGCACGGCCUGAAGACCCUCGACUUGAAGCAGAAGAGGCCUAUAUGGGCCCGUCCGGCUUUCGACGGGCUGCGUAUCUUUGUGUCAAACAUCGGCGCGGCGACAGACGAGGGCUAUCUCCGGGACGAUUGA